AUGGCUGACGGAACUCCUAGUAAAAGCGAUAUUGAAGCAAUUUUUCAGAGACUACGAUCUGUUUCAGCCAAUAAAAUAUGUUUCGACUGCAAUGCAAAGAACCCUACGUGGUCGUCGGUGACGUACGGAGUUUUCAUCUGCCUAGACUGCUCAGCGGUGCAUCGGAGUCUUGGAGUGCACAUAACCUUCGUACGGUCCACCCAGCUUGACACCAACUGGACAUGGAAGCAAUUAAGAAAUAUGCAGCUGGGUGGAAACGUGAAUGCGACUCAGUUUUUCCGUACGCAUGGGCUAGUAACCGACGAUGCACGUCAAAAGUACAAUUCAAGAGUUGCACAAAUGUACAAAGACAAACUUAAUACGAUGUCUGAACAGGCUAUGAAAACAUAUGGUACUAAACUACAUUUGGAACCUGCAACAGCUGAGAAAGAAAACAAGGCAACGAAGGAGGUAGACUGGUUUGCAGAACAUACUGAUGGCAUUAACAUUGACUCAGAGGCCUACUCCGCGGCGGUGACUACGGUGAACAACAAUUUCAGCGAAGAAGCUCGACUCUGGGGCGCGAAAGACUCCGAGGACGCGCCGCCGACGAGCAAAGCCCCACCGAGACAAACGGCGAGGAGGACACUGGGUGCUCGCAAAGGAGGUCUCGGGGCGACCAAGGUGGCCGCCAAUUUCGACGACAUCGAGCGAGAGGCGAUGAUGGCCGAAAAGCUGAGGAUGGAGGCGCCGGCCGCCCGGGCCCAGCCCUCGGCCGAGGCGGUCGCCGAGGAGGUGGCCGCUCUGCGUCUGCAGUACCGCCCGGACCAGGCCCGGCAGCACGCCGACAGACUCGGCAUGGCCAACACUGCGGCCCGAGACCGAGGCGGAGUCUCGCACAGCGCGACGCACGCCAUGCAGAGCAUCGAGCAGGAGGACGCGUCCCCCGCCGCCGACGCGCCCGACGCGGACGACUUCGCCGCCGCCUUCACCAUGAUCAGAAACGAGCCGUUCGGUCGCGGCGGGGACCUCGGCGGCGGCGAGACCGACUGGCAGAUCGUCCCGGAGCCCGGGCGGUUCUCGCGCCCCUCGCCGAUCUCCGAGCCCCGGUCGGCGCCCGCGCAGCCCCGCCGCGCCCCUCGCUCCCGAGCUCGCGACGACGACGACGACUCCGCCGUCAAGAAGUUCGGCUCGGCCAAGUCCAUCAGCUCGGCGCAGUUUUUCGGCGAUCAGGAGUCCCGCGGCGAGGAGUCGGCGCUGUCGCGGUUCUCGGGCAGCUCGCACAUCUCGUCGGCCGAGCUGUUCGGCGGCGCCGCCCCACGCCAGCCCGCCUUCGCGGUCUCCGCGCCGGACCUCGACGACGUCCGCGAGUCGGUGCGCAUGGGCGUGACGCGCGUGGCCGGGCGCCUCUCGUCGCUGGCCAAUGGCGUGGUGUCGUCCAUCCAGGAGAAGUACGGCUACUGA